CGCUCAAAGUGUCGGUAAAGGCGUGGGAACUGGGAGUAAAAAAGUGUCGGUAAUGAAAUGAAUGAUGAGGCGCGGGAUGGAUGGAGCGCAUGAUUUUUGGUCAGACAGUCCAACUCCACCUGUGCCGAUGCGGGCCGCGCUGGCGACGAAAUUAGGGGCAUGGCCAUGUGAAUGACAGCGCGGGCCGAACAAGGGAUUUUGUUUGUUUUUACGCGCCGCGCCGGUGCGCCGUGACGUGUGGGCAGGGUCACUGCCUGCCUGCCUGUUUAUAAUUAUUAGAGUAUUAUAUAUUAUAAUUGCUAAUCAAGCGCCGCGGGGGCUAAUGGAAUUAAUUAAGCACACACAGCGAAGGUGUCAUUAAAGGUCAACAUACAUACAAUGAUUAAAGAGGCACGCCCAGGGCCAGCACCAGCAGUUUGACAGCCAGGCCAGGAGGAGUCUGACAGGCAGGCAGACACCUGUCGCGACAGGCACGGCGACUUGUGGUGUCGCUCUCUCUGUCUUGCCUACUACCGGUACCACGCGUGUCGGCGCAGCAGCUGCCGCUGCAUCUGCGUAAAUGCUCGCUGGACUGGAGCUGGAGCUGGACCCGGACGGCGAGGCGGCGGGCGGAUCGGAGCGAGCGCGUGGGCCGUGGCCCGUCGGGGGAACAAGAUCCUCUCUAGUUGUACGGACAAACCGGUCUCUCCAGUUGGGCCGUUUAUAUCUCAUCCGACCGUCAGCUCCAGAGAAGCAGUUUAACAGGCCUCCAGUCGGCCCACAUGAGCCCAUCCUGUAGGUCUCAUGGUCAUCUAGCUAUUUCCAUAUUACUUUCUGGCGCGAGUACUAUACGGUUUGCCGCCCGGACCACGUUUUUGGCGCGAGAGUCUACUGAGGCACUGAGCUGUGGCGGCGAUCGGAUUCUGCUGCCGGUGCCGGUGCUCUCCGUCUCCUGCUCGUGCCGGUGCCGGUGCCGGUGCCCUGCGUCUCCUGCUCGUCUUGUUGCCCUCUGCUCUCCAUCGGUUAGCAAGUGCCAAAAAUCUCUACACUCACGUCACGUCUUGCCGUGUACAGUAAGCUAGGGUUGUUCUAAUUUGAUUGUUUUUAUUCUUCAUUCAUUGGAUUUUGCUAGAACUGAUGGAUUGAAGGAAUCUGAUAUGGACAUUUCAAAGGAACAUCAAUUUGCUUGAAUAAAUAUUUCUCUUACAUAUUAAGAUGGAAGAAAAAAGAGAGGGUCCGCUUCCUAGUCUUUUACCUCAAGUUGGCAUGGAGUUCAAUACUACUGAUGAGGCUUGGAUGUUUUGGAUUAGAUAUGGGGGUCAGAAAGGCUUUGAGGUGAGAAAAAUGUACAAAAAUAAAAGAAAAUCAGAUGGGAAGAUUAGUUCCUGCAGAUAUGUUUGUGCAAAUGAAGGUCACAGAAAGUUGGAUAAAAGAGAUCAUCUAACAAAGUGUCCAAGAGCCAAAACUAGAACCGAUUGUCAAGUUCGUAUGGGACUUAUAAUGGACAAGAAUAAAGGAAAUUAUAAAGUGACUGGUUUGUUUUUGGAACACAAUCAUACCCUUCAGCUGCCAGAAACCUCACACUUGAUGGUGUCCCAAAGACAAAUUUCAGAGUUACAAGGCUUUGAAAUUAAGACAGCUGAUGAUGCAGGAAUUGGGCCCAAAGCUGCUCAUGAGUUGGCUUGCAUACAAGUUGGCGGCUCAGUUAAUCUCAGUUACACUCUUCAAGACCAAAAGAACUAUUUACGGGGCAAGCGACAACGGGAGAUGGCAUAUGGUCAAGCAGGAAGCAUGCUUAGGUAUUUUCAAGAAAAAAUUACUGAGAACCCAUCAUUUCAGUAUGCACUACAGAUGGACCGGGAAGAAAAGAUUGCAAACAUAGUUUGGGCCGAUGCUAAAAUGCUCACUGACUAUGCGUAUUUUGGUGAUGUUGUCAGUUUUGAUACUACUUUUGGUACAAACAGGGAGAGUUGGCCUUUUGGUGUUUUUGUUGGGUUCAAUCAUUUCAGGCAAACUGUGGUUUUUGGUGCUGUUCUCAUGUACGAUGAGACAUUUGAAUCUUUCAAGUGGAUAUUUGAGACCUUCCUUAGAGCUCACAAUGACAAGCAACCUAAAACAAUAUAUACUGAUCAAGAUUAUGCAAUGGGAAAAGCAGUUAAGGAGGUAUUUUUAAAAGCAUGGCAUGGUUUAUGCACUUUUCACAUUAUGUUGAAUGCUGUCAAGCAUCUAGCUGAACCAGAUGAUGAAUCUUGUGUAUCUCCCAUACAAGAUGAUGAUGAAUCUGCUGCAUCUCCCAUACAGGAAGUUGAAGACAAGAACAAAGAAUCAAAUAUUCUCUCAGAUUUUAGUGCAUGUAUGUAUGAGCAUGAAGAUGAAGCAACAUUUGAAGAUGCAUUUAACAUCCUGAGGUCAAAGAUGAAAAAGCAAACUUGGUUGGAUAGUAUUUACAAGGAGAGAAAAAAUGGGCUGAAUGUUACAUGAAGGAUGUGUUCACAUUGGGGAUGAGAAGUACACAACUUAGUGAGAGUUUGAAUAGUGACCUAAAGAGGCAUUUCAAAUCUGAUUUUGAUAUAAUCAGAUUUCUUAAGCAAUUUGAAAGGGUUGUGGAAUAUAAAAGAAAGAAUGAACUGCAAUCUGAAUUUGAAUCAAGGAAAAAAUUACCUAGAAUCAAAAUGAGGACACCUAUGUUAAUCCAAGCUAGCAAGCUAUACACAGCACCUAUUUUUGAAGCUUUUCAAAGUGAGUAUGAGAGGUCAAUGGUAGCAUGCACCACAGCAUUAGAAUGUCAAAAUGAAUAUCUUGUGACAAUUGGGAGUCUUGAUGAAACUCCUACUUUUGAGAAGCAGUACAAAGUCAUUGGUGAUCCUUCAAAGCAAACCAGUACAUGCAGCUGUGGCUACUUCAAUAGAAUUGGAAUACUUUGUGGCCAUGCUCUAAAAGUCCUUGAUUUGAUGAAUAUCAAAACACUUCCCACACAAUACAUACUGAACAGGUGGACACGUGAAGCACGCAGUGCAACAGUACAUGACAACCAAGGCCGAAACAUAAUAGAAAAUCCAAAAUUAGAUGAGAUGUUUCGCUACAAAGAUAUGAGUCACAAAUUUCAACAUUUAGCACAUCGAGCUGCGAGCCAUCCAAAUUGUUGCUUAUUAGUACACAAUGCACUUGACAUGGUCAGCAAGCAAGUUGAAGAAGAACUCAAUGGUGUUGCAAGUCCUGUGGAUCCUGUCAUCACUCCCACCAAUGUGUCUCUGCCUACUGAAUUGUUGACUACAGCAAGCCUAAAGAAAAAGGAGGUGGAAACAAAAACCUCAAAGCGCAUAAAAGCGUGGUACGAGAAGAAGAGCAAGUGUGUGGCAAGAAAAAAGGGAGGUAACAACAAAGAAAAUAGUACAAAGGCAUGUGACAAGAAAAAGGAAAAAAGCUUGAAGGUUUGUGACAAGAAGAAACAAAAAUGUUCAAAGGAGCAACAGACUACAAAGGAGCAAGAAACAAUACAAGUGAUUUCUGAACAAUACAUGGCCAUUACUUCCUUCUCUGAACUAUUGUCUGGAUCAAUGACAGAUGGCGCUAUUGGUGAAUUCUAGUAGCACAGAUCAUCCAUGGAAUAUAUGGCUCACCAAAAUGCCAUCAUGUUCAAGUAGUUCCUGGUUUUGUAGUUCAAGUGAAGUUCAGCAGCAGCUUUUGUGACAAUAUAAUGUUGUUUUAGGCAUCUUCCUGAGUCUUGACCACCAAGCGACUACCAUCUUCAUAAGUUUUUUGUGCAUUCCAUUCACAAUACAUACCAAUUUACAACACAUUGCAUGCACAUAUGGACCUAAUAGCACAUUAGCAAAUUACAGUCUCCUUCAAGAACUGAUGGCAACACACACAUCAGUAUUCUUUUGCAGUCCACUGAUGGCCUGACCACAGGUCGGCAGGGGCUGCGGCCACGAAGCCAUGGCGAACCGGUGGCAGAGAGUUGAGCGCAGGAGAGGAAUGUCAUCACCCCAUGGAGGAACGCCGUCACUGGAGAGGAACACCGUCGCCGGAGAGGAACGCUCGACGGCUUGACGGAGAUGGUCGAGGGCGGGGAAGGAGAGCGCUGGUGAUGUGGAAGCCUUGCCACUAGAUCUGGGAGCGGAGGGGAGCGUCGGCGAGGUACUAAAACAGUAGCAUCUGCGACCUGUUGGGAAGGGUGCACCGGCGCAGUACUCCGAAAGAGACUCGUACGACGCUAUCCGGUGGCGGCAGCGACGAAGUCCGUAGUUGCGGCCAGGAAGAGGAAGUCACGGGAUGGGCUCAUGUGGGCUGAUUGAAGGCCUGUAAAACCGCUUCUCUGGAGCUGACGGUCGGAUAAGAUAUAAACGGUAAGGAUGGCCAACUGGAGAGACUAGUUCGUCCGUACAACUGGAGAGGAUCUUGUUCCCCGUCGGGUUGGGCUCCGUCUAUCUUUUAAAAUCCUGCAAGCCUAGGCAGGGGGCCAAAAGCCCAAAAGUUUCUCACACUUUCACUCACAUAAUUUUCAAUUUAAAUAAAAGUUCACGUUACCUCUUUAACAUCUACGAAAAUAUGUUUUCCCUCCCUAAACUCUAAAAUUAGAUAAACUAUCUCUCUAAACUGUUAAAACCGUUUAUUUUACCUCCCUAACCGAUUAUAAGUGGUUUGCAAAAGCGGUUCUGUCUUUUACUUUUUUAUUUACUAAGAGGAU